CUAUACAAUCCCUUCUUCUCCACCCUCAGCCUGGCUCCUCUUAUAUAACCCUAAUUCAUCAUCUUGACCUUUCCACUUUUAGCAUCUUCCCAUCCAAACAAACUUUUUGCUUCGGGGAACGAGCCAUUUAGGCAACAGAAAUGGUUCAAAUCCCCCGGAGAACAGAAAAAACUCAUUUUUAAUUAAGUCUCUUGUACUUUCUUGGAUCUAUAAGUUCUGUAAGUUUUGAAAAACAUAAAUAAAUUUCGGUUAGCCUUUGAUCAGUAGUUAUCAUAUUCUUGGAGGAACUGGACUCGUCAUUCCAAAAAGAGCAAUUUAUCUUAAGUUCGCCCACAUCCAUUUGGAUCUUGCUGUGUCUCAAGUUCUAUACAUAAAGAAACAAGAAAAACAUGAAUACUUUUUCGCAUGUUCCCCCUGGCUUUCGGUUUCAUCCCACCGACGAAGAACUGGUGGAUUACUACCUUAGGAAAAAAAUUAACUCCAGAACAAUUGAAUUAGACGUCAUCAGAGACGUGGAUCUUUACAAAAUUGAGCCAUGGGAUCUUCAAGAUCUGUGCAGACUAGGUACAGAAGAACAAAACGAUUGGUAUUUCUUUAGUCAUAAAGAUAAGAAAUACCCAACAGGUUCCCGCACCAAUAGAGCUACUGCAGCUGGAUUUUGGAAGGCAACAGGAAGGGAUAAAGCGAUUUACUCGAAGCAUGAAUUGGUCGGGAUGAGAAAGACGUUGGUGUUUUAUAAAGGCCGAGCCCCUAAUGGACUAAAAUCGGAUUGGAUCAUGCAUGAGUAUCGCCUUGAAACAGAUGAAAACGCAACCACGACACAGGAAGAAGGGUGGGUGGUAUGUAGGGUUUUCAAGAAACGACUACCCGCUAUGAUCAGGAGAGCAAGCGAGCAUGAACCAAUCUGGUACGAUGAUCAUCAAGUCUCAUUCAUACCUGAAAUCGACUCAACAUCACAAAACAACACCCGAUCCAACUUGGGUAACACUGGUUACCAAUACCCGUACGGUUCUUGCAAGAAAGAACUAGAUUCACAGCUGCAAAAUUACCAGAUUACCCCAGGCCACCGUCUCCAACUCCCUCAUCUAGAGAGUCCAAAACUUCUCCCAACCUGCAAUUCUUCAAUGCCCAUUAACUAUGGUAUAGAUAUAAACCAACAAAGCAUCAAUCUAGAGCCUUCCUUGUUCACUCAACACCAUAACAACAUCCAUAAUCAACAACAUCAUCAAGACCAAAACUUUAAUGAUCAAGUGACGGAUUGGCGAGUUCUUGACAAGUUUGUUGCAUCACAAUUACUUAACGAAGGCGAUCAUGUUUCGAUCAAGGGAAAUCAUGAACAAGCCUACACAAAUGCAGAAGAAGAAAUACUAUUGCAAGAAGAAGAUGCAUCAAAUCCCGUCUCCAGUUGCCAAAUAGAUCUAUGGAAAUGAUGGAAUAUUAAUUAAUAUCCUUCUUUCCUUGAAAUUAUUAACUCUUAUUAAUUCUUGUACAUAAUAAAGACCUAAAGUGGUACAUGUAUGAUCGACCUUAUUAAUUAACUCUUUUACCUAGCCUA